UGAAUUCUUUUUUACAAACUUUCACUUUCUCUCUCUUCUUUCUCUCUCUUAAUUUCACCAUGGCUAAAGACCUCCAAAUUCCAAAAGAUUUCCAAGAAAACCAAUCACCAAACAUCAACUCUCCUCUUCCAAAUGGAUGCAAAACCCCAAAAUCUCCUUCAAGUAGGAUUCCCAAAGCUGUUAACUGUCCAGGCGCACCUAAGAAACCGAAAAGGGCAAAUCGGUCAUUUUACAAGAGAAGAUUGCGGUUUGAGAUCAUCGUCGUGGUUCCUAGGGAAGAAACUGAUUCAUUUUUCAGAAAUGCUGAAAAUGCUAACAAUGGUUGUAACAAGAUCAUGAAAAGAAGACGUACCAUGUAAACUCAUAAAAAUGUUUUUUCAGUAUCAUCUUAUAUCUGAAACUCACAAGUGACCGAUUCAUAAUAGUUGUUGCAAGAGUCUCUAGUAGAAGUCGUUUGAAUUAGUUGUAAGGUGAAGUUUCGUUUAUUUCAAUUAUCAUGUCAUGUCAUGUCAUAUCGUAUAUUUCAAUUAUCAUGUCAUGCCAUGUCAUAUCAUAUCGUAUUUUAUCUUAGGUAAGUUAGCUAGCUAGCUAUGUAGUAGUAUCUAUUGCACCUUUGUUUUUCUUGUUUUGAUAUGUCAAGUAUGGUUUCAAGUUUUAAUUACGAUGGAUCUGAAUUAUGGUUGA